AUGACCAGCCUCGACAUCCCCUACUCCUCUUUACAGCGUCUCGAACCCGUCCACUACCUCAUCCUCGACCACCUCUUCGCCCUCGCGCCUACCACCAUCCUCCGGCUCUCCAAAUACCACUAUGAGCGACUCUUGCCUCGUGCAUACACCUGCAUCAGUCUGGAAGAUAUCACAAGCUAUCAUUUGAGGAGCCUCUUGUUCAAAUACCAAGACGGUGUUGUGAACAACGUCUUCCCCCAUCCCACGCUCAAACCCUUAUGGCUGUAUACCAGCAAACUCAACUUUCUCGACGCCAUAUCCAUCCGACAUCUUUCGUUGGCUCUCAAUGUCCCCUACCUCGCCAAAAUUCAGACGAUCCAAUUCUUUCCGCGCUGUUUCAAGAAAAGAACUCUGUUGGACCUAGAAGUGAUGCUCGUAAAAUCCACCAACAUACACAGGGCAGUAGUCUGCUACACUGCCGAAGACGUUCGAAUGGGAUCACCCACCAAAGUGCCGGAUCCAAAUGGCAUCUCACGAAGCAUAGCUCUCUGUUUUUCUUGCCUGACCUUUCAUAUAUCUAUGCCUGUUUUGACCGGCGCAGAAUGGCAACCACAACCUCUCGUCAAGGCUCUUGAUUUCCUCAAGUAUUGCUAUGUGGGUUGGACGGUCCGGGUCAUCAUCGACCUAGGAUUUGCAUCCCACUGCCUCUCGAGCGAUAUUGUGAGGUUGAUGGGCGACGAGCUUGCCUUGAUUGUCGGCAGCGGCAUUUUCAGACAGUCAAGACGCCUCCCUCUCCCUCUCAAGCUCCUCUUCAGGUACGAAGGCGAUGUGGAUCUGGUGGAAGAUCUGCGGGGGCAUAUCGAGAAUAGGCAGAGGUAUCUCCAAGCCAAUGUGUCUGAUAUCGAAGAGGCGCGGCUUGCUUCUCAGAUCGAAGGGUAUUGGCGGGAGUUUGUGGAGCUGCGGAGGAUUGGAGGGCGUGAGAUGGAGGAGCUGCUUUUGUAG